AUGGUGGAAACCAAACGGAUCCUCAUCGCGAACCGAGGCGAAAUAGCAUGUCGACUCAUUCGAACCUACCGCACCUUUCCCCUCCCUCACCUGUCCGCAACUCCGCGCAUCUCCACCCUGGCGAUCUACACCUCCAGCGAAUCCAAUUCUCUCCACGUCUCGCUCGCCGACCACUCCCACCAGCUCCCCGGCCACGGUCCUCGAGCGUACCUCGAUCGUAGCGCCAUCGUCGAUGCCGCGCUCAAGUUCGGGUGUUGGGGUGUCGCUCCCGGGUAUGGGUUCUUGUCGGAGGAUGCCGAGUUUGCGGAGAUGUGUGCCGAGGCAGGGUUGGUGUUUCUAGGACCGACGGCGGGGCAGUUGAGGAGGUUGGGGGAUAAGGUUUCUGCGAGGCAGUUGGCGAAGAGCGUUGGGGUUCCGGUGGUGGAUGGAACUGAAGCGAGGGAAGGCGAUGGGGCGAAGGAUGUGGUGGAAUUUGCAAAGAGAGUAGGGAGCGGGGGAAGUGUGAUUCUCAAAGCUGCGAAUGGAGGUGGUGGGAGAGGGAUUCGUGUCGUACAUCUACCCAAGGGCUCUUCGGACAUCGAAUCUGUCAUCCGUUCUGCUUACGAUGAAUGCUCACGCGAAGCAGCAUCGUCCUUUGGAGAUGGAACCGUGUAUGCGGAACGCUUUUUGACGAACGCCAAGCACGUCGAAGUGCAGCUGAUCGGCGACGGAUCAGGUCGAGUGAUCCAUCUAUGGGAUCGAGAGUGUUCUCUUCAACGUCGCAAUCAGAAGCUCAUCGAGAUCGCACCCGUACCCCACCUCGAGGAUGGAUUGCGGAAUAGGAUCCUAGAAGCGGCGGUGAAGCUAGGACAGGAGGUCGGUCUGAAGAGCCUCGCAACGGUGGAAUUCCUGGUCGACGUGGAUCGAGCCCAAUUCUGGUUCAUGGAAGUGAACCCUCGCAUCCAAGUCGAACACACCGUCACCGAGAACGUCACCGGCCUCGACCUCGUCGCACUGCAACUGCUCGUCGCCCUCGAAUUCUCCCUCAACGACCUCGCACUCGCGCAAAGCGCCAUCCCCUUCCCCAGCACCACAGCCAUCCAAGCGCGCAUCAACGCCGAAUCCUUCCGCGAAGCUACCGACGAAACCGUGCCCGAAGCUGGCACCAUCACCUCGCUCAUCUGGCCCAUCGGCGGCAAUGUUCGCAUCGAAACCGCAGCUCACCCGCCGCAUCCCGUGCUGGGUGAGUAUCGGGCUAAUCCGAUGUUCGACAGUCUGUUGGCGAAAGUUGUCGUUACGGCGCGGGAUUACGCGAGUGCGGUGGAGAUGGCGAGGAGGGCGUUGGAGGAGACUGUGAUCGGAGGCGUGAGGACCAACAGGUGGUUUUUGAUGGCCUUGUUGGAGGACGAAGGGGUGAAGGCGGGGAGACAGCACAUCCAUACGGUAAAGAAUGGCUUUGGAGCGCUUGCGGAGCGUGCGAAACAUUUGGAAGAGUUGGACGCAAAACGCGGUGGUGACCACGGUCAGAAUGAAGCUACAUCAAAGACGGGUGAAGUAGCGGACGAGGUCAAGGUGGAAGAAGGACAGGCCGCGAUCAAGUCUCAUCUGAGCGGGAUGGUGGUGAAACUCUCGGUGGAGGAGGGAGAGGAGGUCAGCGCGGGUCAAGAGCUGGUUGUGGUGGAAGCGAUGAAGAUGGAGCAUGUGAUUCGAGCGGAUGCUUCCUGUGCUGGUGGCAAGGUGCACAAAGUUUUGGUCAAGCAAGGUGGGGUGAUCAACGCUUCCGACGUCAUCAUCGUCAUCGACACCAGCAACAAUCCAGAAUCUUCCUCUACCGAUAUGGCCUCCUCGUCAAUUUCAAUUGACCCAGCAGAAGACCCCUCCAUCCCACGUCCCGAACUCGAGGAGCUUCAACGUCGUCGUCACGCCAUCUCCGACGCCGGCCGCACCUCGGCCGUCACAAAGCGUCACGCACGAGGCUUCCUCACCGUCCGCGAAAACCUCUCGCUCCUCCUCGACGCGAACUCGCUCAUCGAGUACGGCGAUCUCGCUCUCGCAGCCCAAAGAUCACGCUACUCCGCCGAAGACCUCAUCGCGCGCACCAGCGGAGACGGCAUCGUCACCGGCUUCGGUCGCAUCGAAGGACACACCGUCUCGCUCAUCCUGGGCGACUACAUGGUUCUGGCUGGCACGCAAGGCUACUUCCACCACUUGAAGCUGGAUCGGAUCCUUACUGCUACUCUGGAGCAUCCAGCGCCGCUGAUUUUGUACGCGGAGGGAGGAGGUGGGAGGCCAGGGGAUACGGACUAUCCGACGGGGUCCGGGUUGAUGACACCGAGUUUCGCGUUGAUGGGUCAGGUGAGGGCGAAGGGGAUCCCGGUGGUGGGCGUCGCCAACGGGUACGUCUUUGCGGGCAACGCGGCGCUUUUAGGCACGUGCGAUGUUGUGAUCGCGACCAAAGGUGGAGAUCAAGAGUUGGCAGGGGAAAAGGAAAAGGCGGGUAAGACGUCGAUCGGGAUGGGCGGCAUGGCGAUGAUCGAAGCGGGUGGAUUGGGGGUGGUCGAGUCGGACGAUAUCGGUCCGACUCAGGUCCACGCAGAGACAGGUGGUGUCGAUGUGGUGGUCGACAACGAAACGGAUGCUGCGGCGAUGACGAGGAAGAUCGUCGGCUUCUUCACGCAGCCUUCGGUGGAAGAGGGACGGUGGAGCUACUCGCAAGACGUACAGCUGUUGCGAACGUGUCUGCCGAAGGUGGAGCAUCGUCGACGAGCCUUCGACGUGCGUCGCGUCAUCUCGCUUCUAGUAGACGACUCUUCCUUUGUCGAACUGGCACCACACUGGGGAACAGGCAUCAUCACGGGUUUCGCGCGUAUCCAAGGUCAAGCGAUCGCCAUUCUCGCCAACGACCCGACGUCGGCGCUCGGCGGAGCCAUCGACGCGCACGCCGCGCUCAAAGCCACGCGCCUCCUCAGACUCCUCGCCCGAACUCGUGCGGUGCAUCUCGUCAGUCUUUGCGACACACCCGGGUUCAUGGUGGGGCCCGAAUUCGAACGGACCUCCACCGCUGGUGGAUCCUUCCGUACGUUUGGCGAUUGGUUCACCUCGGCCGCGGAGUUCACCCAGUCCGGCGGCCGAUUCGUCGGCCUAGUGCUGCGCAGAGCGUUCGGUCUAGGAGCUCAGGCGAUGUUGGGAGGGAGCACGCUGAGCAAUUCGAUCUGCGCCACUUGGCCAGCAGCCAGUCUGGGACCCAUGUCGUUGGAAGGCGCGGUGCAGUUGAGUAUGAAGAAGCAGUUGGCUGGGAUCGAGGAUCCGAAGGAAAGGGCCAAGGUGGCGGAUGAGGCGGUGCAAGGGCUGUACAGGAACGGCAGGGGGAUCAACGUUGCUAGUAUGGCCGAGGUGGACACUGUGUUGGAUCCGGCAGAGACGAGAAAUUGGUUAGGAAGGGUGGUGAAGGAUGUCCUGGGGGAGCGGAUGGCUAUGUACAAGGUGAGGAGGGCGCAGAAGGUGGAUCCUCAUUUGUAG